CUGGUGUGCCUCAGGGUCCCUCUGACCUCGGGUCGUCCUGAUCUCCAGUCUCUUCGUCUUGAUGCCUGUGUGCCGCGCUCACCUCUCUCUCUCUCUCUCUCUCUCUCUCUCUCUCUCCCUCUCUCCCUCUCUCUCUCUCCAGGGGCCAAUGCCAGCGCCGAGUGCUCCUGCGGGAGGAACCAUUUCACGUGCGCGGUCUCCGCCUUCGGAGAGUGCACGUGCAUCCCGGCCCAGUGGCAGUGCGAUGGAGACAACGACUGCGGGGACCACAGCGAUGAGGACGGCUGCAUGCUUCCCACGUGUUCCCCGCUGGACUUCCACUGCGACAACGGCAAGUGUAUCCGGCGCUCCUGGGCGUGCGACGGCGACAACGACUGCGAAGACGACUCGGACGAGCAGGACUGUCGUAAGUACCGCCUGGACGCGGUCCUCCACGCAUCAACGCACAAACGCACACCGGCCAACCCUAGUGCACACAAAGCCUCCGGCCCAUGCUAGCUGACACAGACUCUCACAUGGACACACUCACACACAAAAACACACGCACGCACGCACGCGCACAUACACGCGUAUAUAUGCGCACACGCACAAGCACAAGCACACACACACACACACACACACACACACACACACACACACACACACACACACACACACACACACACACACACACACACACACACACCCCUUGCUACAU